AUGGCUCCGAGUCAGCACGCCGAACGCGUCAAGAGGUUCUUUGGAAUCCCCCCUGACCAGACUUUGGACGACUCCGCUUUCUAUGACGAUGGAUCGUACAUCGAGGAAGAACCCUCUGUCCGAGAGGCCUUGUCCCACCUCAUUCCCACCAUUCCCGGCAUCACAAGCUACCUGAGGGAGCUAUUCCCAUUUCUGGGGUGGAUCUUCCAUUACAAUCUGAUAUGGCUUCUAGGCGACAUCAUUGCUGGUGUCACGGUUGGCUUUGUGGUGGUGCCCCAGGGCAUGGCCUAUGCCCUCCUCGCCAACCUCCCCGCCGAGUAUGGUCUCUACACGUCCUUCGUUGGCUUCCUACUAUACUGGGCCUUCGCCACCUCCAAAGAUAUCACCAUCGGGGCGGUCGCGGUCAUGUCGACCAUCGUCGGCAACAUCGUCAUCAACGUGCAAAAAACGAACCCUGACCUGAGCGCCGAAACCAUUGCUCGAAGCCUCGCACUCAUCUCCGGGGUGGUCCUCUUGUUCUUGGGUCUCAUUAGGGCUGGUUUCAUUGUCGAGUUCAUCCCCUUGGUGGCUAUUGGUGCUUUUAUGACGGGUUCUGCCAUCAGCAUUGCCGCCGGCCAAGUCCCCGGCCUUAUGGGCAUCUCCGGUGUCAACACACGCGAGGCGACGUACCAAGUCAUCAUCAACACCCUCAAAGGCCUGCCAAGAACCAAAUUGGAUGCCGCCAUGGGGUUAACCGCCCUGUUCGGCCUCUACUUCAUCCGCUGGUUCUGCAACUUCAUGGGAAGGAAGUAUCCCAGCCGAGCCAAGACGUGGUUUUUCAUCUCGACCCUCCGCAUGGCUUUCAUUGUCAUUAUCUACAUCCUCGUGAGCUGGCUGGUCAAUCGGAACGUUACCAAGGCAUCAGAGGCAAAGUUCAAAAUCCUCGGCACUGUACCAAGCGGCUUCCAACAUGUCGGCGCUCCAGUCAUCAACACCGAGAUCCUGCAGGCCCUAGGACCCGACAUUCCCACUACUAUCUUGGUUCUUCUGAUUGAGCACAUCGCCAUCUCCAAGUCGUUUGGCCGGGUCAACAAUUACAUUAUCAACCCGUCUCAAGAACUGGUCGCCAUCGGCUUCACCAACGUUUUUGGGCCCUUCCUCGGCGGAUACCCGGCCACCGGUUCAUUCUCUCGAACAGCCAUCAAGGCAAAGGCCGGGGUCAGGACCCCCCUUGCCGGCAUUUUCACUGCUGUCAUUGUCCUUCUGGCCCUGUACGCACUGACUUCUGUUUUCUUUUACAUUCCCUCAAGCGGUCUCUCAGCCAUCAUCAUCCACGCCGUCGGCGACCUCAUCACGCCUCCGCGUGAGGUCUACCAGUACUGGCAGGCCUCCCCACUCGAGUUUGUCAUUUUCUUUGCCGGUGUCUUCGUCUCCAUCUUCACGUCGAUCGAGAACGGCAUCUACGUCACUAUCGCGGCAUCGGCCGCUCUUCUCCUCUUCCGCGUUGCGAAGAGCCCGGGCAGGUUCCUUGGCGCAGUACACACCCGAGCCAUUCCACGAGGAAUGGUCCGAGGCAACACUUCCCUCAGCGCGAAUGGUUUCGGCGAGGACUCCCACACGGCGUUCAUCGCCCUUGACCGAAGCGAUCUUUCCAACCCCGAAAUCGAAAUUAAGUCUCCGUACCCUGGUGUUUUCAUCUACCGCUUCGGCGAAGGCCUCAACUACGUCAACUCCGCCCGACACUUGGAUCAUCUUACCAUUCACAUCUUCAAACGCACUCGCCGCACCCAGCUCAACAAGUACGACAAGAUUGGUGACCGCCCCUGGAACGACCCCGGGCCGCGCCGCGGCCAAUCCCUGAACACGGAAGAGAUGGCCGUCCGCCCAACGCUGCGCGCCGUCAUCCUCGAUUUCACGGCCGUCAAUUUCCUCGACGUCACCGCCGCCCAGGCCCUGAUUGAUCUCCGUAACCAGUUCGACCGCUACGCCGACCCGGACCGCGUGGAGUGGCACUUCGCGGGCGUGGCCAACCGCUGGACCAAGCGGGCGCUGGUCGCAAGCGGAUUCGGCGCCGAGAGGAAGAGCAGUAGUGGUGCUGCUUCUUCUUCUUUUGAUGACGGCAAGGGCGCGUCGUCGGAGCUGUUGAUUGCCGUUGCUGAGACGGGUAACAGCGGUCGGUCGUCGGACGUGAAGGGCUCUGAAGUCGGGACCAAGGCGAAGGAGAUUGAUGUUGAGGCCGCUGCUGCGAGUAUUGCGUCCUCGAGCGGUGGCGACGGCCGCAAACUGGUACCGCUUUACGGCGUGAACCGGCCUUAUUUCCAUGCUGAUAUUGAGACGGCGGUUGCGAGUGUGAUUUCGAGCUUGGAGAGGCGGGGAGCGGAGUCGAGUUGA